GCUCUGACAGGUCACAAACGUUUGUUGUCAAAAUAGUUUCACGCCAGCCAGCUUUGAAACAACAGCAAAAUAAAUAAAUAAAUAAAGAUCAAAACAUUUCCUAAUAAGGUCGAUGGUAACGCAAACACGAAAACGUGCAUUUUUCUGUAGUGGGGGCAAAAGAUCCCCUUUUUUUUCUUUCUUGGGCUGUACGGUUUUAGAGUGAAGCGCAGUUUAUGACCAGAGAAACUGCUGCAGUAGCUGAAAAACUCAGGACUUUUGCAGAACAGCGUGUGCACUCUCAGUUUUGGGCCAACAGCUGGUUUAACCCCCUCAAAGCAUCAAGCUUUCUGAAUACUAAACAGAAACAGGUUCCACUUGAAUUGCCUGGAGUUGGCAUUCUCUGCUCUUUCACUGCAUUGUGAGACCUCAAAGGGGACCUAGUGGAAAAGGAAACCAUGGGGGAUGUUCAACUUGUAACAUCAACUCGAAUCUCAAAAACCACCGUUAACCUGGGGAGACCAUCUCCAAGCAGCAGUACUCUCCCAACUGAGCCUCCAGCCUUCACCCUUCCUCCGAGGAACGCCCGCAUUGCCCUUGGAGGGACAGCCAGGCUUGAUGGAAAGGUCCGGGGGUAUCCAGAACCCCAGAUUACAUGGUACAAAAAUGGUAAGCCAGUGCUAGCAGGAGACCGCAAUGGGAUUGAACAAAGUGCCCGGGGAACUUUCAGUCUGGUAAUUAAAGACGUUCAAGAAGAGGACGGUGGAAAAUAUACCUGCAAGGCUGUUAAUGAUGGGGGUGCUCGGCAAGUGACUGUUGAGCUGACAGUAGAAGCAGGUAAUGCAAGGCAGAAAUAUAAUUUGCCGUCCACCAGCAAAUCAUCAGGUGGUAGAUUUGGUGUCCCGUCAAUUGACAGCAGGCCAAGCAUCUGGGGAGAGAGUCCACCAAAGUUCGUAACGAAACCAUCACGGCUUAUUCUCAAGGAUGGUCAGAGUGGCAAAUUCUCAGCUAAGAUUACAGGGCGGCCUCAGCCUCAAGUGAUCUGGCUCAAGGAUGAUGCUGAAUUGAAGCAAAGUGAUCAUUUCAAUCUGUUCGAGAAAUCAGGAAUUCACUUUUUAGAAAUCCGAGAUGCACAACCAGAGGAUUCUGGAAUGUAUACGUGUUCCGUGGUGAAUAGUGCUGGAAAAGCUUCAGCAUCGGCUGAGCUCACUGUUCAGAGUUCAGAUACUAAAUCAGGCAUCAUUUCAGCAAAGCCAUCUGCCAGAGUCAUAAAAACUGAGGAAACAUCUGAAUCCCAGCACACAACAGCAAAUGGCAUAAUAAAGCAACAGAAGUCCACUACAACAGCAGUGAAGACUGAACCCAAAGAGACUCUGACCACAAUGAGAGCUAUCAGCAGGGAGUCCAAUGUGCUGACACAAAGGAAAGCAGAGCCAGUGAAAAAAGCCUCUGCGGCAGAACCCAAGAAGUCAUUGGUUGAUCCAAAGGCAGAGGUGAGAAGAUCUGAGGUUCAGCAGAAGACAGCGAGCACCAUUACACUUCAAUCAGUAAAAGUUAAUCAGAAAACAAAGGCAGAUGUAAAACCAGCCCCCGAUCCAAGGGCUGAGGCUGCCAAGAAGGUGACGCAGCAGGUGACAGUAGAAAGCAGAAUAACUUUCCAGGCAAUCCAAGGUGUGACCAAGGAACCUGGGAAGCUGCGAGAAACCAGCAAAAUAACAGCAGAGCAGAAAUGGGAAACCAAAGGGUCUCCUCCAAAGUUCGAGAUUCAACCACAAAGCCUGGAUGCUCUGGAAGGUCAAGAGGUCACAUUUAAAAGUAAAGUUUCAGGAAGUCCACAACCUGAUGUCAAGUGGAUUAGAGAUGGCAUUCCCCUGAGGGGUAAAGCAGGUCUAAAGAUAUAUGAAGAAGGCAGCAUGUAUUGUCUUUCCCUAGCCCAAGUCCACAAAGAUGAUUGUGGCCAAUAUAGCUGCACAGCAAUAAACAACAGAGGACAGGCCUCUUGUACUUGGACACUGAAUGUGAAAAGCCCAAAAGUGGAGGGAAAGGCCCCGUUUGUCACCAUUCCUUUGAAGGGGUGCACAGUGAGUGAAGGGCAAGAUUUUGUGUUGCAGUGCUCUGUUGAGGCCAACCCCGCGCCUCAGAUUACCUGGUUAUUAAAUGAUAACACUAUCCAGUACGCACAUGCAACUUUUGAAAAUGGAGUGGCCAAACUGAUAAUUCAGGAUGCGUUACCUGAGGAUGAUGGUUUAUAUACCUGUGUGGCGGAGAACAGCUGUGGAAGAGCAACUUGCAGUUCCAAAGUAGUCAUAAAAGAAAAGAAGGCAGCUAAAAGGGAAGAAGCGAACAAGACCUUCCCUCCUGUGGUCUUGAAAGCCCUGACUGAUAUGAGAGUCAUGGAUGGAAGUCAAGUCCGAAUGACUGUUGAAGUGACAGGUAAUCCACAACCUGAAAUUGUUUGGCUUCAUAAUGGAAAAGAAAUACAGGAGUCAGAAGACUUUCAUUUUGAUAAGAAAGGGAAUGAAUACAUCCUAUACAUUCAAGAGGUCUUCCCAGAAGAUACUGGGAAAUACACGUGUGCGGUUUGGAAUGAGCUUGGAGAGACACGGUCUGAGGCAACAUUAACUGUGCAAGAGCCUCAGGACGGUGUUCAGCCCUGGUUUAUUAGCAAACCGAAGUCUAUAACAACAAGUCUUGGCCAGCACACUCUGCUCUCCUGCGCUAUCGCUGGGGAUCCCUUCCCAGAUUUCCAGUGGCUUAAAGAUGGACAGGAGAUAGUUUUGGAAGAAGACUGUGAAAUCCUUCAAAAUGAAGACCUGGUUACGCUGUUAUUCAGGAGCGUUCAACCUCACCAUGCAGGAGAAUAUGAAAUAAAACUGAAAAACCCCAUUGGGGACUGCAGCUGCCUUGUGUCUCUGUUGGUUAGAGAAGGUUUGCUGUCCAGUGAGGAGACUCACCAAACAGAUCCAGAGAAAGAGGCUGACCAUUUCGGAGAAGAAGGAGAAGGUGAAGUCACUCAUGGAACUGUAAGGCUUGGUAGAUCUGGUACUGCCAGAAAGAGCCCUAGAGAUCUCAAAGACACGGGAUACGAGGCAGAUGUCAGAGGGCUGCUGAAAAGGAGAGUGGAAACCAAGGAACACUGUGAGGAUAAGAUCAGGCAGCAAGAGGCUGAGCAAGUUGAUUUCCGUACUGUUUUGGGAAAGAAAGUCACAACGAAAAGCAUUUCUGAGGAGGACUUAAAGGAAUUAUCAGCUGAGCAAAUGGACUUCAGGGCUAACCUCCAGCGACAGGUCAAACCCAAGACCUUGUCUGAAGACGACAGAAAAGUCUACAACUCACAGCAGGUUGACUUUAGGGCAGUACUGGGUACAAAAUCAAUUCCAAAGGUUUCAACUCCGGAGAAAAGUCAAGCUAAGAACGCAGCACCGGAUUUUAGAUCUGUGCUGGGAUUAAAAAAGAAACCGCCUGUUGAGAACAACAACAACAACAACAACAACAACAAUGACAACAGUGCAGGUAAAAAAGAGGUCCAAAACUCCCAGCCUGACAACAAGGAGCAGAAGAAUGAUGUGAACUGUGAACAUGGAUGCCCUGUGGUAGAUGGUGGGAUUAUUGGAAAGAAAUCUAACAAUAUAGGGAAGGAACCUGUGUUUAUAGAGCAGUUAGGUGACACUCGUGUAACUGAUGGGGAACGUUUGCGUCUACAAUGCCAGGUUGCUUCAGCUCCACCUCCGGUUGUUACCUGGAGUUUAGAUGGAAAAGUCAUCAAAUCGUCCAAGUUCAUUGUCCUGGCCCAGGAAGGAGGUGUUUGCUCCCUCACAAUCGACAAGGCCCUGCCUGAAGAUGAAGGCCAAUACAAGUGCAUAGCUGAAAAUUCUGCUGGGAGAGCCGAGUGCUGUUGCUUGGUCCAUGUAGAUGAUCCUUCUGAUACAAAUCCUUCAAAACUAUCUGAUAAGAAUGCCAAAAAACCCAAAAGCACGCCUUCAACUCCAACAACAGAAAAGGAAGCUACAAUAAAGAGGAAACCAGCUCCAAAGACACCUCCUAAAUUAGCUAUCCCUCCUCAGAUACUUCAGUUCCCUGAUGAUAUGAAAGUUCGUGCUGGGGAACCUUUAGAUUUGUUCUGCAAGUUUGGGGGAACACAGCCCAUCACCUGCACUUGGCUAAAAUUUAAAAAACAGAUUGAAGAGAAAGGACCCGUAAAAAUAGAAAACACAGAGACCACCAGCAAACUAACCAUCUCUCCAACGAAACCCGAACACUGUGGAUUUUAUAUAUUACAGUUAGAAAAUAAGUAUGGCAGCCGACAAGCUCAGAUCAACAUCACAAUUGUUGAUAAACCUGAACCUCCAGCUGGAGUCCCAUGUGCAUCAGAUAUCCGAAGCUCUGCCCUAACCUUAUCAUGGUAUGGUCCCACAUACGAUGGUGGAAGCGCAGUGCAGUCAUACACCUUGGAAAUCUGGAACUCCGUGGACAAACAAUGGACAGACCUGGCCACUUGCUGUAGCACUUCUUACAAUAUCCAGGACCUUCUGCCUGAUAGGGAGUACAAAUUCCAACUACGAGCUGCUAAUGUAUAUGGAGUCAGUGAGCCAAGCCAAGAGUCUGACUUGGUUAAAGUGGGGGAAAAGCCAGCAGAAACUAAAGGAGAAGAAGCAGAACUUUCUGAUGAUGAUGCUGACAAAGAUCCUGAGCCAGAAUAUCGAAAUGUUACUAUUAAUACAAAUCAAAAGGUCAAUGAACUUUAUAACAUUGAAGAAAGACUUGGCACGGGAAAAUUCGGACAAGUAUUCAAACUGUCUGAAAAGAAAACUGGAAAAAUUUGGGCAGGAAAAUUUAUAAGAGCAUAUUCAGCUAAAGAUAAAGAAAAUGUGAGACAAGAAAUACAAAUCAUGAACGACCUGCAUCACCCAAAACUUGUACAGUGCAUAGAUGCAUUUGAAAGUAAAGCUGACAUUGUCAUGGUUAUGGAAAUUAUUUCUGGAGGAGAGCUCUUCGAAAGAAUCAUUGACGAAGACUUUGAGUUAACGGAAAGAGAAGUUAUCAAGUACAUGCAGCAGAUUACCGAUGGGGUUCAGUUCAUCCAUCAGCAGGGGAUCGUGCAUCUGGACCUGAAACCAGAGAACAUCAUGUGCGUCAACAAGACAGGCUCAAGAAUCAAGCUCAUUGAUUUUGGACUUGCCAGACGAUUAGAAAACUCGUCGUCACUCAAAGUUCUUUUUGGAACUCCAGAAUUUGUGGCUCCAGAAGUUAUAAACUAUGAGGCAAUUGGAUAUGUAACAGAUAUGUGGAGCAUUGGAGUCAUUUGCUAUAUCUUGGUCAGUGGACUUUCUCCUUUUAUGGGAGAUAAUGACAAUGAAACCUUGUCCAAUGUUACAUCAGCUACUUGGGACUUUGAUGAUGAUGCUUUCGAUGAGAUCUCAGAAGAAGCCAAAAAUUUCAUUAGCAGCCUGUUAAAGAAAGACAUGAAGCGUCGUUUGACAUGCAGCCAAUGCAUUCAACACCCGUGGCUGCAGAAAGACACAAAGAACAUGGAAGCCAAAAAACUGUCAAAGGAGAGGAUGAAAAAAUAUAUCCUCAGAAGAAAAUGGCAGAAAACCGGUCAUGCAGUAAGAGCGAUUGGAAGACUCUCGUCUAUGGCAAUGAUUUCAGGCCUCAGCGGGAAAAAAGGAGGCUCUCCUGUGAGUCCACCAAUCUCAGACAAGUUUGUAACAGAAGAUGAUUUUCCCAAGCAGUUUCUUGAAGCCCUUGAUGAAGAAAGAACUAAUGCCAAGCCGUACUUCAGUACAGUCAUUAAAGAUGUGGAAGUGGUGGAAGGGAGUGCGGCGAGAUUUGAUUGCAAAAUCGAGGGUUUCCCUGAUCCUGAAGUGGUGUGGUAUAAAGAUGAACAGCCUAUCAAAGAAACUCGCCAUUUCCAGAUCGACUAUGAUGAGGAAGGAAACUGCUGUUUGGUCAUCUCGGAUGUCUCUGGUGAAGAUGAUGCCAAAUACACUUGCAAAGCUGUGAACAGCCUGGGGGAAGCAACCUGCACUGCUGAGCUCAUAGUAGAGGUCAUGGGAAAGGAGGAGGAGGAGGAGGAGGAAGAGGAAUGAGACAGGACUGAAGCACUGGCACCAAAUUUACUUUUAUAAGACACUCACUUUUUUACAAACUGACCGACUGUUUCAUGGACUAAAUGCACUAAGAACACCCUAUGCUAUUUUUGGACACUUUCUUUGUUAUGAAAUGGUAAUAACAGAUAUUAAGGGCCUGGUUUUCCAGUGGGCAAAUGCCUGUUUAAUCUUGAGUGGUAAUUUACCUGCAAUUUACCCAUAGUAGAAAAUAUAGGCCCAGAUGUUGAUAUGAAAAUGGUGAUGUCUUUAACAUCCCAGCUAUUGUUUGAUUCCUUAAUAUAGUUACAUCUAUUUGGGAUACACUGGUGUUAGGCAACCAGACUGAAUGAAAACUAUUUUAUAAAAAUAGGAAAACUGUAAAAGAUUAUUAUUAUUAUAUAUUUUUUAAUCUCAACAUUAUGAUGUUUGGUAUUACCAGAACUUUUAUUUGCAUUUCUUUAAUUUUUUUUAAUGCUGUAGUCCACACAUAUUAUACUUUGUGCAUCAGUUCUGAAAUAUGAAAUCAUGCAAUUCAUUUUUCAAGAGGUUUUGCCUUUUAAAUGGCAAAAUAUUAUUAAUGGUAUUGAAUUAUGAAACUAAUUAUACUAUUAGAGGUGUAUGUAGACCACAUUGUUUUAGUUUUUUUCUUAAGUAUCAGUAUGACAAAAUGUAUCAGUUUGAUAGACUGUAGAUUUCAGUAGUGAGAGCACCACAGAUGUUAUCAUUUACUGUUAUUAUAUCACAAAGCAUGUUGUUUGCACAGUGAAUUGCAGAAUAUUUUAUUAUGUGUAGCGGGAAUAAGGUGGUGGACCUUUGGAAUCACUUAGAAUUCAAAGCAAACAUGGCUUUUUCAAUAUAAAACAAAAAUCUACAUUACACUAUCCCUGCCACAGCUGAAAAAAUAGGGACUUUUCAAAGAGUGCAUAUUUACUUAUUCAGCUUUCAGAACUGCCUUGUACAUUCCCCUGUACUUACUACAGCAUAGUAUACACAAGGGCAAACAAGUUGUUUAUUUUCCGCGACUGCCUGUCCAUAUACUGUGCUUUAGUACACUUUGCUUUGUUUUUACUACUGUACACAUCAGCUUAAACUAUAAAAUUAACCUUUAAAAGGCUCUGAUGAAUGUACUGAUUACAUUACAGUUUUGGUUUUAGGCCUUCUAGAUACAAGUUAAUAACUUCAUUUUACUUCUUGAAGUGUAAAACUCUUAGUUGCAGGAUAACUUUUUAUUAACUAACUGUUCUGCAUUUAACCAGUUUCUUUUAUUUAUAUCUUGCUUUUUUAAAUGUGUGAUUUGUCUUGCGAAUGGGCAUUUAUGAAAACCAUGUUAAUUUGGAGCAAUGGAAGAUUAAA